AUGGCUUGGCUUGGCUUGGUUGAUACUCGGCUCGGCCUUAACACCCGUGCUGCUAUCAACACCAAGUUUCCUAUUGUCUUGUCAUCAGGACCUGAGAAACGGUUCGGUGUCCGCCGCAAUUUGGGGCUCCUGUGUCCACUUCGCUUCCGUGAGGACGGGUGA